AUGAUACGGUUUGUGGCUCUUUUGUCCUGCAUUGGGGUGAUCUAUGGUCGGGCACCCCUCAAUCAUGCAGUGCAUAAUGAGAGACGGACAGAGCGGGUCGUCGGUGGCUGGGAUGCUCCACCAAACACCUGGAGAUGGCAGGUCUCACUGCAAUAUGACUCGUAUAAUUCUAAUGACUACUACCACAUCUGUGGCGGGACUAUCAUUGCUGCGUACUACAUCAUGACUGCUGCACACUGCAUACUCAGCCCUGAGGCCAGAUAUUACCGCGUGGUCACAGGAGAGUACAACCUCUACGAGUACGAUGGCAGUGAGCAGUUUAAAGCUGUGGAAAAAAUCAUUAUCCAUCCUGGCUGGACAGGGGACCUUGGCAAUGGAAAUGAUAUCGCCGUGCUGAAGCUGAAGACUCCAGUUUACGACAAUGGUUACAUCCAAAUUGCUGACCUGCCAUACCCUGGCCAGGUCCUGCCCCACGAUUUCACCUGCUAUCUGACUGGAUGGGGACUACUUGCGACUGGUGGAAGCACUCCCGCCAUCCUUCAGGAGGCCCCCAUCCCGGUGGUUGAGCACUCGGUGUGCUCUUCCUCUGCAUGGUGGGGUAGUCUGGCAAAGAAGACGAUGGUGUGUGCUGGAGGAGACGGGAAGACAGCCGGCUGCCAGGGUGACUCUGGGGGUCCCCUGAGCUGUUUAACUGACGGCGCCUGGCGGGUGCACGGUGUGGUCAGCUACGGCCCUGCUGCCAACUGUAACAUGGUCCGCAAACCCACAGUCUUCACCAGGGUGUCCUCCUUCAUAGAGUGGCUGUACAGCGUGAGUGUCAUCUCUCUUCAUCAGCAUGAUGGCAGUGCCUGUCUUUGA